AUGGCACCCUGUCAGAAUGGCAUGAUCCUAAUGUCUCAGUUCCACAAGGAGUGGCCAGUGGCUGUUCAGCUCAACCAGGUGACCCAAAAGAUCCACAGAUACAAGGCCCAGCAGGCAAAAGCACACUACUGUCGCCUAUCACCCUGCAUCUGGACCCAUCCAGCCCAUAGUAAUACAUCCCACGGGAAGGAGAGUUAUUAUAAGAAACUGGCUCAGAUCUUCCGAGACGCACUGGAGACCAGAUGGGUGACCGUUCUGUUAUUUAAAGGUGUAAAAAAUGCAGGAGACUUGAGAAGAGAAGCCAUGGAAGGUACCAUCGAUGGAUCACUGAUAAAUCCUACAGUGACUGUCGAUCCAUUUCAGAUACUUGUGGCAGCAAACAAAGCAGUUCACCUCUACAGUCUGGGAGAAAUGAAGACAAGAACUCUAUCUGCUGAAAUUAUGUACAAUCUUUCCCCAAAUAACAAUAUAUCAGAGGCUUUGAAAAAAUUUGGUAUCUCAGGAAAUGACACUUCAAUUCUAAUUGUUUACAUUGAAGAGGGAGAAAAACAAAUAAAUCAAGAACACCUGAUAUCUCAAGUAGAAGGUCGUCAGGUUUCUCUGGAAAAUCUUCCUGAAAUAACAAAUAUUACAGAAGUCAAAAAGAUAUAUAAACUCUCUUCACAAGAAGAAAGUAUUGGGACAUUAUUGGAUGGUAUUAUUUGUAGAAUGUCAAUGACAGAUGUUUUGUUAAAUGUCAGAAAUAUUAACAGAAAUUCUCAGCAUUAAAGAAAACAUUGAUAUUCC